GAGCCCGGCGGGCCCGCCCCCGGGGCGGAACGGGGCGGCUCCCGGCGCGAGCCCCCGCCCAGCUGACCCGCCGCUCUCCCCCUCGCUCGCUCCGCCGGGCGUGCAGGGCCCCGCCGCCGCCAUGUCGGGCUCGUUCGAGCUCUCGGUGCAGGAUCUCAACGACCUGCUCUCAGAUGGCAGCGGCUGCUACAGCCUCCCGAGCCAGCCCUGCAACGAGGUCACCCCGCGGGUCUACGUGGGCAACGCGUCUGUGGCUCAGGAUAUCCCCAAGCUGCAGAAACUGGGCAUCACCCACGUCCUGAACGCGGCUGAGGGCAGGUCCUUCAUGCACGUCAACACAAAUGCCAACUUCUAUAAGGACUCCGGCAUCACCUACCUGGGUAUUAAGGCCAACGACACACAGGAGUUCAACCUCAGCGCUUACUUUGAAAGGGCUGCUGACUUCAUUGACCAGGCUUUGGCGCAAAAGAACGGCCGGGUGCUGGUCCACUGCCGGGAAGGUUACAGCCGCUCCCCAACGCUAGUUAUCGCCUACCUCAUGAUGCGGCAGAAGAUGGACGUCAAGUCUGCCCUGAGCAUCGUGAGGCAGAACCGUGAGAUUGGCCCCAACGACGGUUUCCUGGCCCAGCUCUGCCAGCUCAAUGACAGACUCGCCAAGGAGGGGAAGUUGAAACCCUAGGGCACCCCGGCUGCCUCUGCUCUCGAGGUCCGCGGGGGGAGGCCCUGGGCAAAGGUGUCCCGAGCUGCCAUGUUUAGGAAACACACUGUCCCUACUCCCAGCAUCACAAGGCACCUGUUUACGAGUCUGCCCCAACUCAGCCCUGGGCCACUUCCCCCACCCUGGGGAGCACAUAAAGAAGCUUGCCGAGGGGGGCAUCCUUGCUCCCUGGUUGUCCUGUUUCUGUAACUUAUGAUGUCUUUUCCCUGAGAUGGGGGCUCAGCGGGGGAAGGCCUGUGGCCUGCAUGCUUCCCGACGGCCCAGGGCAGGAGGCGUGCGGAUGCAUCAGGCCUGGGACACUCACAGAGGGCCCUUACGACCUUUCCUCCCCCACCCCCAAAUCCUCUCAAGUGGGGACCUCAACACCUUGAACCCUAGGAAAGGAACUAUGCAAAUGCAGGCCACUAUCCCCACCACGUCUGUGUUCCCCAGCGUCCCCACGGCCUUCCACACCCUGUGCAUAGGCAGUGCUCUCACGUCUUAAGGUCCGAAGCUGGGGCUGGGGCGUCCGUCAGUUAUGAGUGGAUGGAGAUUCCCAGAGCAAGGCUGCAUUUGAAUGAUUUCCUUAGGAUGAAUGGUCCCUAUGCAAAGAGACCCUUCAGUGGGCAAACAGAUUCUCCUGGAGAACCCUCCUAAAUCCAUAGAGUUUUCAAAAUGUGAAUCUUUGGAAGCCGUGAGUUCAGAAUCCGCCACUGUGGCGUAUUUCCCUCGGACCUUAUCUCAGUCACUUCAUUUUUGAGAAGAGCGAUGCCUUUGGCAUGCUUUUUUCUUUCUUUUUUUAGAAAACAGGGUGUUGAAGUCCAGCCUAUUAAAAAACCCCAUCAUUUGGAGAAUUACAAGGGUUUUGUCCUGAAUGAUACUGUUGGCAAGCCCAAGCCACUGUGCUAACUGCUUUCUGUCCUUGCUAUUCCAAGGACAGAAGGAGGAAGUUGGCCAAUUACAUCGUGUGUGCAUGGGUGUGUGUGGGGUGUGCCUCUCAGAAACUCGGCCAGAGGACAAGCAGGGAAGUGAAAGGUCCCAGGCACACCCCCGGGCCAUUGCAGGCGGCUCUUCUGGCUCUCUGCUGCCAGCACAGGAUCCCUGGAGUGACUCAGCCAGGCAGGCAUGAGACAUGGCGGAGUGUCUACAUGGAUCCUUUAUUGGUGGCAGAGCAAAAAACCACAAGCAACCUUUUAAAAUACUUUUUAAGGAUGAUAUUGGAAUGCACUAGCCCUCACCUGUGUCUGCACAUUUGCCAGAAUAUAAGAGUUUUGUUUUAAACACAGUCUUGUUAGGAUUUUACGUUAUUGUUAUGGAAAAUGAUUGUGAUGCUAUUUAUCUUCGGGGUCACUUUGGGCAAAGAGAAGGUCCUCAGCCAUGCCCCCAGCACCGAGCAUAUAGAUGUCUGAUAAAAGUUGAAGAAAUUAAAUGCUUUUUGAGCACCAAAUAUAUAUAGGGCAUUGUUCUGGUGGGUGUUUCACGCUCCCAGAAGCCUGAAUUCAAGGUAGGAUCACUUGCAAGGCCUUGUGAAGGAGUCUUACCUAACAUGAAGGAAAUAUCAGGGACUUUUGUUGACUACUUACAACUCAGUUUUACAUUUAAGUUCAGGCAGUGUUAACAUGCCAAGGUGGGAAUGUGCCUUGUUCAGAGUUGGCCAGGAGCUCCUGGCUGGGUCAUGGAGAAGCACGUGGGCCGUAAGGCCCCACUCCCAGCUGUGAAGGUCUCUGAUCACACAAGAGCAGCCCUGCCCAGCCUGGUCAUUUGCUGUCCCCUUUUCUCUGUGACCACAACAACCCUGAACAACUAGGAUGUGUCUUCUCCAGAUAGUGAAAAGAGCGUCCAGAUAGACCCACCUGAGCGACACGGUCGUCCUCUAAACUGGGUGCCUCGCUACACAGCUUCCAGGUAGCCUUCCAGCCUCAUCAGACCUGAGCCUCACAGUAACCCAGGAAAGUUAGUAGAGCUUGUUCUUGUAUCGUGGCCUAAAAAAAAAAAAAAAAAAAGGAAUUGAGGAGGUUCAGAACAGAACCCUUGGUGAAGCAGAGGAGUGACUAUAAUGAUAAUACUUUAGCAACAUUUCUUUAACUUUGGUUGUUCAGAAUGUUUGCAACAGCUAGCUAGCUUGCUUCCUCCCCUCCCCUCCCUCCUCCUCCUCCCUUCCCUUCCUCUUUCCUCCCCUCCCUUCUCCUCCCCUCCCCUCUCCCUGGGUUGUCCAGCUCUAUAAGGUGAGAUUUCAGGUUGACUGCUCCCUGAGGCUGGAUUCUUUCAUAUGAUACUCUCUCAAGAAAGGGGCUCCCUGGCAUUUCCAGGUGCACUGCACAUGCCCUUGAUCCAGCUCCAGAGACGCAAGUAAAGAGGGUGGGUCCCUCAUAGGCUCGAAUGUGCAGCUCUUUCUCCGGUGGGAUGUAGCACCCCUAAGUCAGAGCUUUCUGCUACGCUCCUGGAAGAGGCUAGGGAGCUGGGGCUGGGGCGCCCCUCCCAUGCCCAGGCAGUGUUCGCCCCACGGGACAGCCACAGCUGCUUAGGCGAACACAGCAGGUUGGUGUGGCUGGCUAAUUAGGACCAUUCAAAAGCCUCUGUGGGGGCAUGAGGGAGAAAAGGCCAUUGGGAAAAUUACUGCCUUUACUUUGGAACUACUUUUAUGCUGAUAACUUGGGAUUUCUUGAUAGUCCUUCACCCCCCCAAACCCAUAUUUGCUUAACGAAAUUUAGCUCCUAGUUCUUCAAGUAAAAGUCUCUUGUGUAAGCGCCAACACAUGCCCAGUUGUGGAUGGGAGCUGUCCCUGGACAGCCUUCUACCCCCUGGGAAGUGGUGGAACAGGAACUCAGGGUGCCCCUACCCCCUCCCCAGACCUGAUCCCUUUCUUUGACUGACAGCACCAUCCAGGCAAAAUUAGAGCGCCAAAUAGGUUUCUUCUCAAUCUUAAAGCAGUAUACCUUUCCACAGGCUGGCCUGUCUCCCUGCUACUCUGAGUUAUCCAGAAACCGCCACCUACAAAUAAGGGGAUUCAUCUAGAAGACCUCUAAGGUCUCUUUUGGCUCUGAGGGGUCUCUAAUAAUCCCCACGUGGAAUUCAGCACUGUCCGGAAAUUAUGGGUAAUGUGAGUCAUAAUAUGAUGGCCAGCAGGUGGCGCUGCCUUCUACCUAUGGUGAUGGAUGGUUCGGAAAGGGAAUGUUGGUGCCUUUUGUGCUACUGUUUUAAUGG